AUGAGCCUAGGAGGAAGAAAACCCGCAGAAUUUUGGCAAAUUCGAGCCCGGUAUCGAGCGAUACAAAUUGAGGAACAAAAAAAAGGAAAACGAAAACAUACAUCAGAAUUAGAUCCUCAAGAAGUAGAAAAAAGAAGAAGAAGAUGGCCCUGGAUUCAAAUUCAGAUCGAUCUAAGAAAAAAAAUUAAAAGGCCGAAGAUUAGGUAUGGACUUUCUGAGGACGAAGGGAAACCACUGAAACGGACAACAGGAAAGAAGAUGAGUUACCUUGAGGUUGCAGGUUCCGAUACUGAAGAGGUGGUCAUAGCCAGAAGCAGGAAGCUGUUGGCGUGGGACGCUCUCAUACGAGAGUAUGAUAACACGGACGUUCUCGCGUCACGGUGCCUCCAGAGAAUUCUAAAUCAUAAAAUUCCUGCUUCUGGUGGCGAAUAUUCGAAGUAUUGCUCGUACCUCUGUGGGCGAAAGGAUAGACAGCUUCCAAGUAUUGGCACUGGAAAAUGA